AUGGGGCAACAGUCGCUGAUCUACAGCUUCGUGGCGCGGGGGACGGUGGUCCUCGCAGAGUACACGGAGUUCUCCGGGAACUUCAACACCAUCGCCGCGCAAUGCCUCCAGAAGCUUCCCGCGAGCAACAACAAGUUCACCUACAACUGCGAUGGCCACACCUUCAACUACCUCGUCGAGGACGGAUUCAGUGAGCUCCGAUCUCUCUCGAUCGCCCUAUUCCUCUUCGAUUUAGCGUUGUUGAUCCCUUUUUCUGCUGAGAUUUUUGUUGAAAUGGUUGGAUUUGGUGAUCUGGGGAGCGCACAAGAUUUCUUCGGCAGCAAGGGACGAAGAUUACGAAGGAAGAUGGUUGUGCUGCAGAUCAUUGAAGAUACAAGGCUGUUGUGCUGA